UUAAUUUUUGUAAAAAUGCAUGGAGUCUUGUGGCAAGUUAUAAGUUUCCAGUUUUAAAACAAGGAAAUCAAAACCGAAGCUUUCAAUUAGAUUGGUUGAGGCGCUAUCAUUGGUUGACUUAUAGUGAACUAAAAGAAGGUGGCUUUUGCAAAUUUUGUGUGCUUUUUGCCCCAACAGGUGUUGGUAAAGGAUGUCAGGUUUUAAAGAUGUUUGUUAAAGAACCUUUUAAUAAUUAUAAAAAAGCACCUGAACUUUUGAAACAUCAUGCAAUAACUCAAUAUCAUUUAUUAGCUUCUGAAAAGAGUUCAGCAUUCAUACAAAAUUAUAAAACCUGUAGAUCAGUUAAAGUAAUGUUUUGUCAAUAAUGGAAAAAAUAGAAAAUGACUUGUACCAAUAAUAAAAACUAUUAUUUUUUUGUGGACAUAAUAAUCUUCCGUUAAGAGGUCAUAAAGAUGAUGGUAUAAUGGAUAUUGAUUCAGCCUUAGCAGGAAAUCAAGGCAUUUUUAGAAGUUUUUUAGCAUUCAGAAUUGAUUCAGGAGAUAAAGAGCUAACUAAUCACAUUAACAGAUGUAAAAAAAAAAAAAAUACAACUAUGAUUAGUAAAACUAUCUUGUAUAAAGUCGUUAUUGAGAAAAUUAUAAUUAAUGUAAUAAAAAACAAGUACUUUUCUAUAUUAUGUGACAAAACCACAGAUUUCAGCACAAAAGAACAAAUGACUUUUUCAGUCAGAUACGUUGAUAUAGAAGAGAUUCAAAUCAAAGAGUUUCUUGGAUUUAUUGAAUUAGGUUCGAUAACUGGAUCUGUUAUUAGAGAUACUUUAAUCAAACAAAUUGAGUGCUAUAAAUUAAGCUUAAAAAAUCUUCCUGGCCAAGGAUACGAUGGUGGCUCAAAUAUGUCUGGUAGAAUAAAUGGUGUUCAAGCAUUUAUUUUAGAAGAUCAGUCUUUGGCAGUAUAUAUCCAUUGUUUCAAUCACCAAUUGAAUAUAUGUAUUUUAAAAGCGUGUGAAGUACAAGCUAUUUGAAAUUUGGUUGGUAUUAUUGGCAUUAUAUCUGUUUUUUAUCUAUAUCUGCCAAUAGAACAAAUAUUAUGUUAGACAUUAUUUCUAAAGAUGAUUCAAUACCAGCACCCUCAACAAAAAAAACUUAGCCUUGUGUGCUACCCGAUGUGUUAAAUGCCAUGAUUCUACUAUAACUUUCCGAGAACUUUAUUCAUAUAUUAUUUUAACUUUAGAAGAACUGGAAAAGAUGCCUGAACCUGAGACUGCAGGUAAAGCAAUUGAUUUCAGUGCAAGUAUUAAACGAAGUGAAUUUUAAAUAUCUUUAGAAAUUGUAGCUAACUUAUUUUCUUAUACUAAAACUUUAAGCUUAGUAUUACAAAGCUAUAUAUUGGAGUUAUCUAAAGCUUUUUUUUCAUGUUAAGCAAUGGCGCAAUUAGGAUCUUUGGUCCCUGAAGACAGAGUAAAUAUGGGGCCCUAUAAUUACUUAAGUAUUAGUAGUCAAUUUUUUUUUUUUUAAUGCUGACACAAUUUGUAUUUAAUA